AUAUCGUCAGUGAAGUUCUAACAGUGCGUAAGUCAUUUUGUGAGUGUUUAGAGAUUUGAAUGUCAUUGGAUAAAGCAUAGUGGCGCGCGUCGUGUCGACCAUUCAAAACACGAUAACUGACCAAUCACAACGCGUUAUUUGAAAAAUAGUUACAUUGCGUAUCUCAGUUGGUGGUGCCAACACUGCGUAUGUCAGCCAUUCACGUACAAAUUCGUCGUGCAUCAAGUUCUCCGAUGUUGUGAUUUCGAUUUAAGGUGUUUGUCUACACACAAGAUGGAUUAUCUAUCAAGUGAUGGCGAGGAACUUGAUGAUGAAAUGUUGAUUCUUUGCAGCGACUUAAAGAUACAAGUUCCAAUGAAAAAACAGAAGAUAUUACCGGUAACAUUGACUGACUUAGAAAAUAUCGAUAUUAAUAACUUACCAAUAGAAAUAGUGUCCGAGCCUCCAUCUCCGCCUUUGCUGGACCUAUUGAGCCCUCAAAACAUUCAGGAUGCCAUACCUCUUUCUCCAUCUGAACAAGUUACCACAAUACAUUUGCAGCCAAGUGAAGAAUUGCAGCCUCUGCCCUCCCCUGUUGCGAUUUCACCGCCAUUAGAAGCGACAAAACCACCUGAAAAUGACAUUGAAGGAACAUUCCUACCUUCAGCUCCAUCAACCUUGGAGCAGCUACCGUCUGACAGUGAGAUGGAACAUAUAAAUUCUAAUAGAAAAAGGAAAUCGAAGGGAUUCGCACAACCUAAAAAAUGGAAUAAAAACACAACAAAACUGAAACGUAUGCUAGGUGAAGAAUAUGUGGGGUACCGUAGGGACAGGAAAGUUACAGGGCAAGAGAAAUUUCAAGUACUCCAUGAUGUGCAACGUCCAGCACGUUCAAUUGGUUCACGUUGCACUUCUUUGUUUUGUUCGAAGUCUAAGUUACGUGGCUGUUCUAGCUUGUCUGACAUCGAAAGAGAGAACAUAUUUGGCAAGUUCUGGAAAAGCAUGACUUGGGAGCAACGGAAACAGUAUGUUGUAUCUCACGUCUCCGUUUGUGAAAAAAAGCAAAUAAAAGUAAAAUCGAAUUCUCGUAGAAGUGGGAGUAAACAGUACUUUCUCAGUACAUCAGAGGGACGUACCCAAGUUUGUCUGAAGACCUUUUUGAACACUCUGGGUUUGAAAGAGUCGACUAUUAGGUGCUGGGUCGAUAGAUCUGAACAUGGCAUUGCUGAAACAACACCACGACCAAACGACAACAAUGAUGAACGCGUUAUUAAGAAAGAAGACAUGACAUUCCUCAAACAGUUCUUCGCUUCGUUACCAAAAAUGCCCUCGCACUAUUGCAGGGCAUCUACAUCAAAACAGUAUUUAGAGCCGAUUGUUGAAAACAAGAACUGUCUCUUUAGGUUGUACAUCCAAGAGUGCGAAAAAGAGUCUAAAAGUCCACUUAGUCGCUGGACUAUGUGCAGAGUUUUUGAUGAGUUGAAUCUAAGCCUGUUCUCGCCUAAAAAAGAUCAGUGCGAUACUUGCUGUUCGUACAAGGUAGGCAACAUAGCAGAGGAAGAAUAUAGAUCACAUAUUAAGAAAAAAGAUAUGGCAAGAAGCGAGAAAGUGAGAGAUAAAGAAAGGGCUCGUCAAUUGGAUGACGUACAUGUUUUUACACAAGAUUUACAGGCCGUAAAGUUAUGUCCACAACUUCAAGCCAGUGCUUUAUACUUUAAAACUAAACUAUGUGUGCAUAAUUUUACGAUGUACAAUCUUGCCAACAAAGAAGUUACCUGCUACUGGUUUGACGAGAGUAACGCUGGUUUGACUGCUUCUGUGUUUAUAUCAUGCAUCAUAGACUGUUUCAAAAAAACACUACAGAAGAAAUGCAUGCCAAUCAUUUUAUAUUCUGAUGGUUGUACGGCGCAAAAUCGGAAUGUUUAUCUAUCAAAUGCUCUGCUGCAACUAUCCAUGGAAAAAAACAUCAUUAUCGAACAAAAAUUUUUGGAGAAAGGUCACACACAAAUGGAGUGUGAUGCGGUUCAUAGUUCAAUCGAGCAAAAAUUAAAAAACCAGGAGAUCUUUUUACCAAGUCAAUUUGCGACGUUGUCAAAACAAGCUCGACCGCAAAAACCUUAUUUAGUAGAAUACUUAGACUACAGUUUUUUUGAUGAUUUCUCAGACAAGAAUUCGUUCAUGUAUGACUCCAUACGGCCUGGUCGCUCCGUCAAUGAUCCUACAGUAACGGAUAUACGAGCACUGCAGUAUAAUCCAAGUGGAGUCAUCAAAUAUAAAUUGAACUUUGAGGAAGAUUAUCAGGAUCUGCCACGCAGAAUUCGACGCAGAGUAGUAAUGCCCGAAACUUUACCCCCUAGACCAAAACUCUACCAAAGUCGCAUCAAAAUAUCAGUAACUAAAUGGAAACAUUUACAGGAGUUAAAGACUGUUAUUCCUUCUGAUUGUCACGGGUACUAUGAUUCCCUACCCUAUUGAUCUCUUAAAAGUCUGAUUAUAGUUAAGAAGUUGAUUCGUUUUAAGCAAAACCAUUUUUUAUAAUACAAAAUAUUUUAAAUUUUUUAUAAAAUAAAGUUUUAACACUUUCAAGUUUUAACAAUUUUAUUUUAUUUGCCUUCUCCAAAUUAUCUCCUUUAACUAUGUUACUAAGAUGAAACAUGGCGUAAGUCAGUGGCAACUACUGGCAACACUGCGGAAUUCACCAAAUUACUUCAAUAGAAAAGAUUAUUACAAUUUUCACGAGUUCAAAUCAUCACAAAGUUCAUUUGAAUUAAUAAUUAAACACAAUACGGCCAUAAGCGUAAGUUACAUGCAUUUUAAACAGUUUUUUCACUCUCCUGUAAAGUAGCCAUUUAUGACUUUCGUACUGUUAGAACUUCACUGACGAUAUACA